AUGGUUGUCUUCUGCAAGAUGAUAUCGGUGCGAUGCAUUUUCCAGCUGCCCUAUGACCUGUGGGAUACCUUCUGGAAGCACCCCCGCACUCAGGAGGUGUGGGAGCCCCUCGAGAUGACGAAGGAGAUCAUUACGAUGGCCUCUUUCGGAGGCCAUGGACAGAACCCGAUGGUGCUUGUUGGCCACGACCGCUUCGUCAUCCGUUGCCUGCGGUACAUGUCAGCACAGAUGCUACCGUUCCGAAGCUUGAGCGCCAGGCGCUUGGGCGGCUUCGGUAUGGGCAAGGGCGGCAAUGGCUUGCCCGGGACCUUUGUCUACGCAUUGGUGGACGUGGUGAUGCUCCGCUACCGCAGAGACUCGCAGGACUUUGCUCCCAGAAACUUGGGGCGACUGCUGAACCGGAUCUGCCACAACCUUAUGGCUCAGGAUUUGGACGAGAUUCUGGUGGUCAACGCUCGAGAUUAUGAUGCUAUGUUUCCGAAGACACGAGUGUUCGAGGUGGAGUUCGAGGCCCGGUUCCUUUCGGUCAGGGAUGGCAAAGCUUCAAUGACCUCAUCUGUUGAAGGCCUCGGAUCUCUCCGUUACAGGGCCGAUCGCAGUAGCAUCACGGCUGAUUUCAUUCUGAUCAGAUGGAGCAUUGCUUUGUCUGGGAGUUGCGGACCUUUCCGGUUUCCGGAAUUGUGGCUUUGUGUUUGA